AGAUCAUCAACAACAUCAGCAAAUGUAGAGGUCGCUGUCCUUCUUGGAGGUCGUCUUGCAGAUGGAUUGAGUAAUGAUGUUGAGUGCUUCAAGUCAGAUUCCAGGGAAUUUUUUGCUCUGAAACAGCUGCCUUUCAAGAAAAGGAAUGAAUUUGCUGCAUGUGUUCUGGGUAACGACAUCUAUGUUUCAGGAGGCUUGAGGAGUGGAGAGUUCUGGAAGUUUGAUUAUGACUUCGCAACCUGGAUUCGAGGAACCAGUCUAUUACAGCCCAGACGAAGACAUGCUAUGGCCCCAGUGGAUGAAAGUAUUUAUGUUUUGGGAGGAUUUGAUGAAGACAGUGUUUUGCAUUCUGUGGAAGUCUGGAAACCUGGAAGUAAGCAGUGGAAGUUUUAUGGAAGUCUAGCUAGUCCUGUGGAGAACAUGGGUUAUGUGGCAUAUGCCAACUGUAUUUUCCUUUUUGGAGGGAAAAACCAAGAAGAGGUGGUGACUAACACUGUCCAAUGCUUUGAUACUGAAACGGGCCAGGGGACGGUGUUAGAACAGUCCUUGCCUGCGUCUGACAUGUGUGUCAGUGCAGCAGUGUUGAAUAAUUACAUUUAUGUUGUUGGGCUAGAGGGUUCCUUCAAAUUCCAUCCAGACAACAAAACUUGGGAUGUUUUACCAGACAUGUCAUGCCCAAGAGACUUUGUUAGUCUUACAGUUCUGGAUGAGAAACUAUAUGCUUUUGGUGGAAGGAGAAGAGGGGCACAGUCAGAUUUGUAUACUGACAUCAUUGAGUAUUUUGAUCCUGAGAAAAAUGUCUGGGAAAGGUGUGGGACCAUUCCUGUUCCAAUGUAUUCCUAUGGAUGUGUCCGUGUCAUUCUUGGAGAAAAUUAUUUGAAUGCAGGCACCAGCAACCUUGCCAACAGCUGAACAUUAUUCUAAAUUCUGACUGUCUGUAUUUAAAAAGAAUAAGGCCUUAAAAAAAAAAUUAUGUUUGUUUCCUGUAACCCGACUGACCCAUUCAAAACUGCGUUUGAUCAAUCAUCUGAUUCCAUUUAUUAAAAAAAAAUUAGCUUGUAGCUUAACUUGAGACAUAAAAUAUUUCAACCUACUUUACAUUUACCUUAAAUAUGAAGAGUAAUCAUUAUUGUAACAACGAUUUCCCCCAACAACUUUCUGAAGUUCGUUUUCUGCCGCUAGGCAGCCAUUUUGGGUGCCAUGUUGGGUGUCCGUUGUAAAUAUAACACCUGCUGGUAUAUUCAGUCCGCGGAUGUUUGACCAUUCAUAAGCAA